AUGGCCCACGUUCGGGCGAAAGCCAAAACGUACAACUUUACAAUCGCAUUUUUUGUUGCCCUGGGUUCAUUCACUUAUGACUUCAACCUGGCCUUCAUUGGUUCUGUCACCGGCCUUUUUUCCUUCGCCGGAUACUUCAACUUCGAAGUCACCAGUUCCCAUGGCGGUAGCAUCAUCGGGGCAAGCAACGGUCUCUAUGCCGGCGCUGGCAGGAAGCGCGCCGUUCAAGUGAUUCGCGUGGUCUGUAUUGUCUCAGCAGCAUUACAAGUCGGUUCGGUCCACAUCGCUAUGUUUCUGGUCGGUCGAUUCUACAACGGUCUUGGAGUCGGGUUUGUCAACGCGGCCGUCCCAGCGUACAUCUCUGAGAUCUCUCCGCCUGUCCAGCGAGGGCACAUGGUGUGGUCUCACGGGUUCAGCAUUUUUGUCUCACAUCCUUGUGCUGGCUGGUGCGGCUUUGGUACCUACUAUGAAGACGACGCCACUAUUCAAUGGAGACUGCUUCUCUUUCUGCUGUUUUGUGGAAGUCCCAUCAUUCCUGAGUCACCUCGAUGGCUCGUCAACAAUGACCAGGAUGAUAAAAAGGUGUUGGAGAAACUCCGUACCCAUCCCAGCGACCCCGAACAUAUUGGCGCCCGGGAGGAACACAUGCAAAUCUGCCGGCAAAUCGAGCUUGAGAGAGCUCGGCCUUCUCUCAAUAUGUUUCAACUUAUUGUCGACCGCAGGUAUCGCAAGAGAAUGCUCUUCGGCUCUACCUUCAGGCAAUGUGUCGGAGCAGCAGAGAGCUCUUGA